AUGCCUCAGCCACUAGAAGCAGGAAGUCAUGCUUCAAACGAAAGCAUCAGUGUUGAAACCUCUUCUACAACCGAGGAAGAAAAUGACGCUGCCUUUGAUCUGGCUGAGUUCCUCCAACAGGGCAUUCUGGAGCGGCGCAGCACUGCAGGGGGCGCUGCAAAGGGGCUGGGGGCCUGCUUUGAGAAUCUUACAGUCAAAGGCACGACAAGUUCGAGCUCUCAAGUCAGAACUGUGCCUACUGCAAUCCUUGGAACCUUUGGACCCGACCUGUACCAUAUCGUCACUGACAUGAUACCUGCCUUGAGGAUUGGAUCAAGUCUUACGCGCGACCUGAUUCACGAUAUUUCCGGAACUGUGAACGCCGGAGAGAUGAUGCUGGUCCUCGGACGACCGGGAGCGGGGUGUUCAACGUUCUUAAAGUCGAUUGCGAACGACCGAGCAAGCUAUGCCGCGGUUCAAGGAGAGGUGCAUUACGGUCUUCUAUCAGCAGAACAACAAGGAAAGUACUACCGUGGAGAAGUGGUGUACAAUGAGGAAGACGAUUGUCACUUCCCAACUCUGACGGUCUCACAAACCCUGCAAUUUGCGCUGGAAAAUAAGACGAGGAAGCGGGAUCGAUGGAGCAUACCGACUAUACUUGGAUCAUUUCUUGAACUGCUUGGAAUGCCACACGUGAAAGAGACUGUUGUUGGAAAUGAAUUUGUUCGAGGUGUUUCUGGGGGUGAGAGAAAACGUGUUAGUAUUGCAGAGACCAUGGCAACAAAGGCAUCUGUGGUGUGCUGGGACAACUCAACUCGUGGCCUAGAUGCAAAUACCGCGCUGGAGUUUGCUCGUGCUUUACGGACAAUGACGGAUAUCAGUCAUCGAACAACCAUGGUGACAUUGUAUCAAGCUGGAGAAUCCCUGUACCAGCUUAUGGACAAGGUGUUACUUAUCGAGGAAGGUCGAAUGCUCUAUCAAGGACCCGCUUCAGAAGCCAAGGCAUACUUUGAAGAUUUGGGAUUCCUAUGCCACCCAAGACAGACAACAGCAGAUUUCUUGACAUCGGUCUGCGAGGCGAGUGCUCGGCAAUUUCAACCUGGUCGAGAACAAUCUACACCAAAAACGGUCGCAGAAUUGGAAAAAGCCUUCAGGGCCAGCUCCCAUUAUAAAAGGGUUCUUGAAAACGUCGAGGCGUACAAAAUGAUGACCAAAGAGACGCAAACAGAGCAUCACGACAGAUUUGAGAAAACCGUCCAUUCUUGUAACAAGACUGUUUCUAAGCGAUCGGUAUACACUGUUUCAUUCCUGAAGCAAGUUUUAACCUGCACCAAGCGUGAGGCAUGGCUAGUUUGGGGUGACAAAGCGUCACUUGCAACUAAAAUCUUCACCAUUGUGGCAAACAGUCUCAUCGUCGGCUCCCUGUUUUACGGAAAACCUCCAGACACCAGCUCCGCCUUCACCAAAGGCAGUACUGCUUUUUUCUCUAUUGUUUUUCUUGGUUGGCUACAAAUGACUGAACUGAUGCCUGCAGUCUCCGGUCGACCAAUCAUCAAUCGUCAUACUCAGUAUGCGUUUUAUCGACCUUCUGCAGUGGUUAUUGCCAGAGUGCUCCUGGACCUCUUACUUGUUCUCCCAAUGACGAUUUUGUUUGGAAUAGUUGUCUAUUUCCUAGCCCAGCUAGACGUUGAGGCGGGGAAAUUUUUUAUCUACUUGUUAUUUGUUUACUCUGCGACCAUCUGCCUGACAGCUCUCUACCGCAUGUUUGCAGCGCUUUCGCCUACUAUCGAUGAUGCAGUCAGAUUUGGCGGCACCGGUAAGUUCUUGCGGGAUCUUUUACCCUGGUUUAGAACUUUGACUCACUCCUACAGCAUUGAACAUUAUGAUAGUCUACUCUGGCCGGAUCUCAUCAAAAAUUCGAUUUGGUUUGGCUGGCUAUAUUAUCUCAAUCCUAUAGCCUAUGGCUUUGAGGCUCUCUUGACAAAUGAACUAUCCAAUCGUGAGAUGGAGUGUUCAGAGGCAGAUUUGGUGCCUCGGGGUCCCAACACGUCUCAAGAGUACCAAGGGUGCAGUCUGCCUGGAUCUCGCAUUGGCAGCACCGAAGUUUCAGGUGCUGAUUAUUUGGCUUCCUCGUUGUCCUAUUCACGAAAACACCUAUGGCCUGCCUUUGGGGUCGUCAUUGCUUACACCGUCCUAUACAUUCUGAUCACGGCCAUUGCAACCGAAACUUUCAAGUUCAGUGGAAAUGGAGGCGGGGCUCUCGUUUUUAAGAGCAAAGGCCGGGCAAGCGUGCAACAGCCUUCCCUGAAGGAUGCAGAUCUGGAAGCAUCUGAAAAAUCCCCAGAGCCCACGGUUUCGAAGACUGAGCGCAUCUUCAAUUUUGAAGAUGUAACAUAUGAGGUGCCGUAUGGAGGUGGAACCCGAAGGCUUCUCAACGGCAUUACUGGCUAUGUGAAGCCCGGUAGCAUGAUAGCCUUGAUGGGAUCUUCGGGCGCUGGUAAGACCACUUUGCUCAAUACCCUUGCCCAAAGGCAGAAAACUGGCGUCGUUACUGGUAAGAUGCUAGUCAACGGAUCGCCUCUUCCAUCCGAUUUCAAGAGAAUGGCUGGAUUUUGUGAACAAAUGGACCUACACGACGAAUCAUCAACGAUCCUUGAGGCAUUCGAAUUCUCGGCCCUUCUACGCCAAGGAAGGGAUGUCUCUACAUCGGAAAAAAUACUUAAUCUCUUAGAAUUGGCUGAUAUUCAGGAUGCUCUCAUCUCAUCCUUAACGGUUGAGCAGAAGAAAAGAGUCACUAUCGGAGUCGAACUAGCUGCUAAGCCGGACCUCCUGCUUUUCCUUGAUGAGCCUACCAGCGGUCUUGACAGUCAAGCAGCUGGAUCAAUUGUUCGAUUCCUGAGGAAGCUCUGUGAUGAUGGACAAGCAAUUAUCUGCACGAUUCACCAGCCAUCAUCACAGCUACUUGAGCAGUUUGACGGGAUUCUUGCACUUGGUCCGGGAGGGAAUACUCUGUACAAUGGACCCGUUGGCCAGAAUGGGUCAGUUGUGGUGCAAUAUUUCGCUGAAAGAGGCUUUCCUUGUCCACCAGCAAAGAAUGUUGCUGAGUUCGUUCUGGAAACGGCAAUGCAGCCUUCUUUGUUGAAUGGCAAGUUGAUCCACUGGGGCGAUGAAUGGAGGAAGUCAGACGAAGCAAGCCGUAUUCGAAAGGAAAUCGAAACAUUCAGUGUUUCGCAGCCUCCUGUCGUGACACAACAAUCCAAUUUCGAUUAUGCAAUGCCUACAGCCUAUCAGAGCUGGCUGCUUACCCGUCGACUGUUUAUUCAAUACUGGCGGGAUCCAUCAUACUACUAUAGCAGACUCUUCGUCAACGUGAUUUUGGGGAUCUUUAACGGAUUUACAUUCUGGCAACUCGGAUCAUCCGUAGCAAGUAUGCAGAACCGCAUGUUUACCGUCGCUCUGAUUGCUCUGAUCCCCCCUGUCAUCGUCAACAGUGUGGUUCCCAAAUUCUACCAGAAUCGUGCGUUGUGGGAGACUCGAGAGCUGCCCAGUCGUAUUUAUGGGUAUAUGGCUUUUUGCACAGCUAACAUAGUCUGCGAAAUUCCGAUCGCUAUUAUCUCUGGUACUAUUUACUGGCUGCUUUGGUAUUUUCCAGUCGGCUUUUCGUCCUCACCUUCAACUGCCGGCUAUGUCUAUUUGAUGACGAUUAUGUUUUCGUUGUUUCAAGCCAGUUGGGGUCAAUGGAUUUGUGCUUUUGCUCCUUCAUACGCCGUUGUAUCAAAUCUGCUUCCAUUCUUCUUUGUGAUGGUGAAUCUUUUCAAUGGAGUUUUCGUCCCUUACAAUGAUUUCCCCGUGUUUUGGAAAUAUUGGAUGUACUACGUCAAUCCUAUCAUGUGGUGGAUUCGUGGAGUACUUUCUGCCACCCUUCCUGGAAGCCCAGUUAAAUGUACUGACUCGGAGCUCGCCAAUUUCAACCCACCACCAGGCAUGACUUGCGCAGAGUAUGCCGGUAACUUUGUCUCCGAAAUUGUAAAGGCGGGAUACCUUGCCUCACCUAACGCCACCUUUGACUGUGGAUACUGUCCAUACAAAGAUGGACAAGAAUACAUGGAGACGCUCAAUGUCAAAGUGGGGGAAAAGUGGAAGUGUUUUGGAAUUUUCCUUGCUUUCACGAUCGUCAAUUGGGUCCUUGUUUACUUUUUAAUCUACACCGUACGGAUUCGUCGAUGGACUUUCGCAAUGGGCUUGGUCUUCGGCUACAUUCAAGGCCUUUGGCGAUUUGGGUGCCGUGUGUUCAAUAAACCUGAAAAAAACGACAGAUCGGUGGUAUGA